AUGUUUUCCAACACGCGAAACAGGACAGACUCCAACUCAUCCGAAAACUCUAACUAUGACCCCAGUUCUCCAUUGAGCGCUUCUAGCGCCGGACAAGCCUCUCUUCUCAAACAAAUGUACUCACAACGUGAUAUUGCCUUCAAAUCUGGAAAAUUAGUCAAGCAAGGAAAAACUGUGAAAAAUUGGAAAGAACGUUAUUGUUUGUUAAAACGAGAUGCUCUCUAUUAUCACGAAUUGACUCCAAAAGGACAAGCUGGUAAAGUGAAAGGUAAAAUUUCAUUUAAAGAAAUCAAAGGUAAUACCAGUUGCAUUCACAAAGUCACAGUCACUGUGAAAAACAAACAAAAACAAGCCAUUUCCAUCGAUUUACCCGAACGAGUCUAUUUAUUAUAUUGUGACUCUGAAUUAGAAUUGAAUGAUUGGUACAAGUCCAUUAUUCAAGUUCUGACCAUGAAAGAUGAAAAUCCAAUGACCUUAUCCACAAAAGGGGUUGGAAUGGGUUCUUCAACUCCGACCACUCCUACCAACAGUGGUGGUGUCACACAAGAUAUUUUCUCACCAAAAAGUGGCACUGGAACUCCUUUUGGAUCCUAUGGAUCUGUGGUGAGUAGUUUUGGAGGUAGUAGCUAUACGGGAAGUACACCACCAGUAGGAAGUGCCUUAUCAUCCCUUAAAAAAGCAUCUCCUUCUUCGUCGUCACCAUUAGCUGGUGUGAAUGUGGAUUUGGGAGAUUUUAUUCGAACCAAUAGUAAUUUAUCAGAAGCAUUUAGUGAUGACUCGGAUUCGACGAGUUCUUUUCCUCGAUCUCAAAACGAUUUACUCUCAGAAUUUGAUGAAUGGACACAUCAUGCUGGUACGGGACGAAAUUCCGAUGCAGAUAGUGACAAUUUAGAAGGUGGAGCAUCUGGUCCUCUUCUCACCGAAGACGAUGAAUAUAAUAUUGCCAUGAGUGCUGUUGAAAUUUUCCUAAAAAAGGAAGAAGAUCGAACUCCACAAGAGCAGGCCUAUCUAUUGGCUCUCAAUGAAUACAGAAAGAAAUUGGACGAACAUGCCAAGAGAGUGAAUGCUCGUCCCGAUUAUUCACUCGCUGUUGGUACCUGUAUAUUUUUAAUUCCAGAGAAGGAUCGAUCUCCUUCUGAACAAGAAUAUAUCAAAGAUGUGAUUUCAGCCUUUACCGACGAUUCAAAAGAUCAUGACAAGCAUCGAUUAUUACCUCUCAAAAUUCAACUCGAUAUUGUGAAAGCAGCAAAACUCAUUAAGGAAAAACCAGAAAAAGAUCGAACCGAAGAUGAAAAGCAAUAUCUUUUUCGUGUGGAAGAAAUUGAAAAACAAAUUGUUAAAUUAUGCAUGAAACAUGGUGUGCGAGUGAAUCAUUCAUUGGGUACUUUACCAACGAGUCGAUUAUUCUUUCAUCCAUCCUUUUCAAGUGCAGCUCAGAAAGAUUCCUCUCAUCCCAUGAUUCAACAUCCCAUUCAUCAUAAUGCCGAACAACAAGAAUCUACUCAUGGUGAUGUUUAUAAUACUCAAACGGAAGAAAAGUUGAUCAAUUUCCAAUCCAUUGAGGAUUUGGAAUUUAAUAAGGUUUUUUCAACACCCAAUUUUUCAAUUUAG